AUGCAGCUUCUUUAUGCCUCCAAAGUCAUAAACUUGUCCCUACUCACUCUCCUCUCCGCAACAAUUGCCCUCUCCGCUCCCGCUGCUGUUGGCCCUGCUGCUCCUUGGCCCACAGAUGACAAAACCCUACACAAAAUCGACAGAUAUGCCCGCUACUCAGUGGCAGCCUACUGCAAGAAACUAAAUGACAACUCGGCCAAUAACAAAGUAUGCACCAAUGACAAAGGUGCGCAAUACUGCGGCGAUCUCGCGGAUGCCGUGACCGUCCAUCAAUUCCACGCCACCGAGUCCAUCUCUGGCAACGUUGCCGUGUCCAACAAGUCCCAGUCCAUUGUAGUGAGCUUCCGGGGCACUGCGAGUAUUGGCGACAUAUUGAAAGACCUCCAUGUGAACCUGAAAGACCCCAAGAAACACCUCGAAAGAAUGGCGGCGGCGCCUCAAGCCAUCGGUGCAGUUCCUCCCGCCGCAUCCCCUGGCGACGCCGACCCGGCCCUCCCUCUCUGCAGCAAGUGCAAAGUUCACGCGGGAUUCUGGGAAGCCUUCCGCGGCAUCAAAGACGUUCUGAAAAGGGUGCUCAAGGAACAAUGCGAGCGGCAUCCCGACCAUCAGGUGGUCGUGACGGGACACUCCCUAGGAGGAGCAGUGGCUUCCAUUGCCGCCGGAUACCUCCGCAAGAGCGGCAUCGACGUCGACGCAUACACCUACGGCUCUCCCCGGAUCGGCGACCCAGCCUUUGCGAGUUUCAUUUCCAGCCAGAAGAACGGCGUGACGACGCGCGUCACCAACGGCCGCGACCCCGUUACCGUGGUCCCCGGCGUCGGUUUUGGGUACGCGCACACUACGCCCGAGUAUUGGUUCCCGAGCAGGGUUGAGCAGCCGAAGAAUGUAAAGAUUUGCGAGGGUGUGCAAAACUUUUCCUGUUCGGGGCAAUUCAACAUCAGCCUCUGGUACGUUGGGGACCAUUCGAGUUCCAAGUAUGCGAGAGGCUUUGAGGCCUGCCCAGAACAGAAGAAGUUGGAGACGGAAAUGUUGCAAGCUCAGACUUUUACCGAGGCAGAUGUUGAAGAGUGGGAAAGGGUGGGAUUCGUAGAUGACGCGGAUCAGAUCAAGGCGGCUCAGCUGUAG